AUGCCACAGAAAAUAUUCAGCGACAACGCAACCAACUUUGUCGGCGCCGACCCCAAGCUGCUCGAGCUGAAGGAGGCGUUUCUAGCGCAAGCGCCAGAACUAAUGGGGUUCGCAGCCGAAGAAGGAUUCAGCUUCGGCUUUGUACCACCCAGGGCGCCGCACUUCGGCGGAUUAUGGGAGGCUGCCGUGAUGUCCGCCAAGCAUCUAAUCGUUCGCGCACUCGGCAACGCUCUACUAACGACGGAAGAGCUCUCAACGCUACUGGCCGAAGUGGAGGCCAUUUUGAACUCGCGUCCCCUAACACCGUUGAGCCAGGACCCCAACGACGGAGAAGCACUAACUCUAGCGCACCUUUUAAUCGGUUAA